UUUCCGGAGGCUGAAGGUGCGUGCGAGGCCGCUUGGGGCGCUCCCCCAGGCUUCAGGCUCUGUGCGGCUGGUCUAUGCAGAGAGGACAGCCGCAGGGUCACGCGUCGCUGCGCCAUGGUCCACCUUACAACCUUUCUCUGCAAAGCGUACCGUGGGGGCCACCUAACCAUCCGCCUCGCCUUGGGUGGCUGCACCAACCGGCCCUUUUACCGCAUCGUGGCUGCUCACAACAAGUGUCCCAGGGAUGGCCGCUUCGUGGAGCAGUUGGGCUCCUUCGAUCCGCUGCCCAACAGUAACGGAGAAAAACUGGUUGCCCUCAACCUGAACCGGAUCCGGUAUUGGAUUGGCUGUGGGGCUCACCUCUCUAAGCCUAUGGAGAAACUUCUGGGUCUUUCUGGCUUUUACCCCCUGCAUCCAAUGAUGAUUACAAAUGCUGAGAGACUUCGGAGGAAGAGAGCUCAAGAAGCCCUCUUAGCGUCGCAGAAAACAGAAUCGGAGCCUGGAGAAACGGAAGCAAGCUGACGUCAGUGCACACAGUUGUGGCUGCAAGGCCAAGGGGCCUUCACAACUCUUGCGCAGAGCUUUCUGUUGGGUUUGAGGAUCAAUAAAUGGAGGUUUUCAAGUCCCAGUCUUCCAGCAUAACCUGAGCAGAAUCAGACAGAGGUUUGUUGUCUGACAUUAGAGCUGCUAGGCCUCCUGCCUUACCUGUGAGUCAGUGGGUGUGGGGAGGUUUGGUUUUGGGAUAAGGCACUGGUCACAUUGGGCAGUUUUACAAUCUGCUGCCUUUUAGUCCUUUCCUGCGUCAAAGCCCUCAACUAGAACGUGCUUUGCCCAUUCAAACGCUUUCUUUAAGACAGGGUCUUGCUCUGCAACCCUGACUGGUGUGGAGCUUGUUACAUGUGAUACGUAGACCAGACUGGCCCAUAGCGUGCAGCCUCUUGACCCUGUCUCCUGAGUGCUGGGAUUGCAGGUAGAGCUACUAUUGCCUGGCCCCAGUGCUUUCUUUGUCACUUGGGAUCAUCCCAAAACUCAAGAAGUUACCUUGUUUAUUGUUUGUAUUAGUGAAGAUUUAUAUUGUUUUCUUGACAUAUGAUCUCAGGUUUACACAGAUGGACUGUAAAAAUUGCUUUGGGGUUUUAAUAACCUACCUUUUGUUUUGUUUUUGUUUUUUAGAGAUAGGCUUUCUCUCUGUGACAGUUCAGGUUGUCCUGGAACUCAGAGAGAUCUGCCUGCCAAAUAAAUGCUGGGCUUAAAGGCGUGCACCGCUACCUUUUAAGAGAGUAGUUAGAAGGAAGCUAAUACAAAGCCUCUUCGUAUAGCCAGCUCUGUACUGAGAAAGUGCUUGUAUUCAAGUAUUACAACUCUAGUUCAAUUAUAUCCAUGUUCACAGAUGAGAGAGGCUGUCCCUCAACAGUAGGAAACUUUAUAGACUCCAUGUGUCCUACAGAGUCUUCCUACAUAUAUUGUUGCCUAUAUGAGGGGAAAGGUAGUGAUAAGGGGGCUUUUCUGUGGAGAUAGCUCCAGGGGUAAAAGUGCUUAACCAUGUAGUUCUGAGGUCCUGAAUUCAAAUCCGUAGAACUCAUAUAACAGGAAGUGGAAGAGUCUGCAGUAGCAGCAUCCUACAGGAACAUGGAUGGGAGGGAAAGACAAAGGAAUCUUCAGACACAGGCCAGCUGGUGUGCACAGUGGAAAAACAAAGGAGGCCACCCUGUCUCAAGAAAGGUCCAAAGUAAAGUUGACGGCUGUGGUCUUCCUUUGGCUUCCACACAUGUGCUGUGCUGUAGCAGGCACAUACCCACCUAACUCACACACACACAUCAUACACAGAAGACAGUCAGUGAUAGGAGUGUUGUGCUUAGGCAUCCUGAGUUUGGUAUGUAAAUGAGAGGCCUAUGAAAUCAAAUCUAACAUUGUGCUUCACCAGAACAAUAGGAUCUAUAGCUACUAGCAUGAAUUACUUGUUGAAGGAAUACUGGCCUACUUGAGCAUGUAGCUCUGGCAGGCCUUGCCCUUCUCCCCAGUUCCCUCUGUCUUGCUAAAAACCAUUAGAUUAAAUCCCUAAAGUUAGCCACCAGCAUUUGUUCCUUAUUUGACCACUUCAUCCUCCUGAGGCUAACUUGCCCGGCUAUCCAAGUGUUAAAGUCCAGCAAUCAAAAACCCCCUUUGGUUUACCCAACUAACAAGCCCAAUCAGUAUACACCGUGACAUCCUCACGCAGACCUCCCAUUUUCUCAAGGUCAUUUGCUACUGUUUGCUGCCUGAGUCCGAAAGCAGCCACUUUAACUUUUCUUCCCACUUAAUAAAGGAUCUUUCUGGAAAAUAGAUGUUUGGGUGUGGUUUGUGCCUAAUCCUGGGUCUGAGAGGGAGCCUCUGCCACGCAUGGGGGAGUCUCCUUCACAUGAUAAUUUGUUUUUCACAAGCUGGAUAGAUAAUGUAGGUUUCAAAUUUAGAGUAAGGCUAAAGUACUGGAAGGUUCCAAGGUCUGCUCAUGCUCUGACUUAUCUGGGUUCUAGAAACAUCUAUUAGCAAAUGCACUUUCUGAGAUUGAGGCUCUCCAACGUGGCUGCUGGUUUUCCUUCACUUGGCAUGAGGGGUCUUUGAGAAGAGAUAGAGAGGGACUGCCUUUAGUUGUCUUUGAUUUUUAGAUAUGAGGAGUGGGAAAAGCUGAGAAACCACGGAAAUGUUUAAAAUGAGAGGCUGAGUCAGUCUUAUGACCACCAAAAGUGUCAGGUGACUGGAGCAGGCAAGGAGAAUUAAUUCUGUGCUGUCUAAUAUAUAUGGUCCUGUCUGGAAUAUAAAAGGUAUUUUUUGUUUUUUCAAGACAUGGGUUUCUCUGUGUAACAGCUCUGGCUGCCGUGGAACUGGCCCUGUAGACCAGGCUGACCUCAAAUUCACAGUGAUACACCUGUCUCUGCCACCCACGUGCUGGAACUAAAGGUGUGUGCCACCACUGCUUUGUGCGUUGUGUUUGACACAGGCUUUCUCCUGUGUCGAGGAUUGAGGGAUUCAUCCCAGAUGAUGUCAUUUGAGCCUGUAUAGUUCUGUUUCGAGAAUCUUAAAAAAACACAUUACUUUAACCUUUGGGUUGAGCAUGUUAAAUUUCUCAACGCAAAUACAUGACCAUUCGUAUUACAUUUAUGUGAUUUGUAUGUGUGUGGAGGUCAGAAGACAACUUGAUGGGUUCUGUGCUGGGGGUCAUCAGGUACGACUGAGUAUCCUUGCCAGCCCGAGUAACCGCUUUCUAUUGGGAAACUGCUGAAUGUUUUCAUGUGUCAUUGAGUGAGCUUCUGUGUAAGAAUCCGGGAGGC